CCUUCUAAACACCGCAUUGGGUCCCAUUUCAUAACGUAAACAAAAGGUGCAACAUUGCUACUCUUUGACGUUUCAUUGAUCGCACGUGCAUUAUUUUCUGUUUUGUGUUAUUAGCCGGAAUCUUAAUUUCUGGCUAGUUUUUGUUAAACUUAGGAAGCAUAAAAACAUUUAAACAAUGAAGCCAACAACAGGUCCCAUCUUUGAUAUAACAACGCAAGGAAGAAAUAAAAAAAUUUUGUUCGACGAAGAUGGAGAAGUCAUGGAUGGUGCAGCUGUUAAAAUGAAAGACUCAAAAAAAGAAAAGAAGAAAAAGUCGAAGGCUAAUGAAGUAAAGGAGGAUAUAAAAUCAGAGGAAGAUGUUCCCAAAUUAUCCGGAGUAGAGGAUGAUGAUGAGAAUGAUUACUUUGUUAAACGUGAAAAACAACGACAAAAGCAGAAAGAUGAAAACGAUGAAGCGGACACAAACAAAAAGUGGUUCAAUGUGUUCACAGAAUAUCCUUCAACAGAUGAAGUGCUGGACAUGAAGGAAUCUGAGCAAAUAGAAUUAUACAACUUGUGCAAAAACUCAUUCGAGGCGGAAAUGCCCACAUUCUCUAAGCAUAAUGCAUCAGACGCACGAUGGCUACAAACUGCUUUACGUAAGGGUACAGCAAAAGAUCGCGCAAAUGCUGGCGCUUUACUUGUCACCAGUAACGCCCUUGCAAAUCUAGAGUCACUGGGCACAUUAAUUGGCUACACCAAGAUUUCAAAUAAAUCUUCGAAUGAUGUAGUAUCAAUACUGGUAGAUUUGUGGAAGAAAGUUUUGCUGCCGCCGCAUCGCAAACUUUUUUCUUUGCAAAUGCGCGGUGCUGAUUGGAAGCUGGUUCGUAAAAAUACUACAUUGAGUAAAGAUAAACAGCGUCGUAUAUAUGCUUACUGGUAUUUUGAAAAUGAGUUGAAAGAGCAUUACUUUGAAUUCUUGCGAAAUCUACAGCAGGCUAUACAAACCGGUCAGGAGCAUAAUAAGAAUGCAGCCAUUGUUGCGGCAUCACAACUCUUGUCAUAUGCACCAGAAAAGGAACAAAUGUUACUUACUAUGCUCAUAAACAAACUUGGGGAUCCAACCGCAAAAGUUGCCUCCAAAGCACUACAUCAUCUAAGUGAAGUUGCACACCGUCACCCAAAUAUGUGUGGCGUUAUUGUUGCUGAAUCGGAAAAACUUUUGUUCCGUAAUAACAUCUCUGAACGCGCACAGCAUUUCGCUCUUUGCUUCCUAGCCAGUAUAGCACCGUCUGGUCGCCCUGAAGUAUGCUCUAAGUUAGUUAAUAUUUGCUUUGCACUUUUUAAAGUGCUUGUACAAAAAGGCGCUGUUAAUAACCGCACUAUGCAAGCCAUUUUGCGCUGCUUACAAAAAGCCAUAUUGGAGGCAAAGCCAGCUGAAGGAUCCACAGAAAUUCUCAACAAAGAUAUGCAAGACACGAUUUAUCGGUUGGUGCAUUUGGCUGACAUUCGUGUCUCAGUACAAACCCUGGGUUUACUUUUACAGAUGUUGACUGUGAAAACGGAAAAAUCAGAUCGUUUCUAUAAUGCGCUCUAUAAGAAAAUGCAUGACUUGGAAGUAGUAAACAUAGGUGCUAAAACAGCAGCCCAACUGUUACAUAUUAUUCAUAGGGCCAUACAUAUAGACUCGAACGUGCAACGGGCGCAAGCAUUUAUUAAACGAUUACUGCAAUGUUCUCUUUAUGUGCCAUCUAAUAUGGCCGCUGGUUGUCUGAUAGUCAUACACAAGUUAUUGCGCAGUCGCAAAGAGUUGGCCGGCGGUGUAAGUCCGUAUGGUAAAGAAGAAAAAUCCGGAAACGAUUUGACAACGUUGCCACAAGUAGAAGUAACAGAUGCAGAGUUGGCAAAGUUCGAUAGCGAUGGCGAAGAAAAGUACGAGGAUAUACGUAAUGAAGACGAUGCUAAUGAUGAAGAAAAUGUGAAUAAGAAACAGCCUACUUCAAUCAAGUCUUCAUGGCAUCACGCGAAAGUCGAAUCAACGGCAACGGAGGGAAAGGUACGCGAAAUAGCACCAAGUAAAUAUGAUCCAUAUCACCGUGUGCCCUCGUAUGCAGGCGCUGAAUUCGCUUUGCGCGAUGAAUUACUGCUGCUUCGCGAACAUUACCAUCCGACAGUACAAGUUUUCGCCGAAAACCUAUUAAAUCACAAAAAAAUUGAUUAUUACGGUGAUCCUUUGAGAGAUUUCGGCUUACCACAUUUUCUAGAGCGUUUCGCUUUCAAGAAUCCCAAAAAAUUGGAUAAUCAGAAGGAUGAGACGCCUACAAUUUCACACAAACGUUAUGUGGCAUUCGGCGCACGUGGUAAACCCAUCAAAAAUUUAACUAAAUCCAAUUGUACUGAGGAUGAGAUGUAUAUUUUCAAUUUCUUGGAGCAAAAACGUCUACAAACUGUUUCGAAUAAAACAAAGAAACUAACCGAAGUGGAAGACGAGGAUGACGAAAUGCUUAAAGAUGGCGAAAUUGGUGACGAUGAAUUUGAAGAAUAUCUCGGCAGUUAUUUUGGCAAAAAAGCUAAAGCGGCAGCUGACGCUGAAGAUGAAGAGGAUGAAGAAUUAGACUUUCUGAAAGCAUUAGGUGGUGAGUUGAAACCCGAAAUCAAAAAGACGAAAAAGAGCGCUUCUAAAGAUGAUGACGGUGACGGUGUGGAAGAUAUCGAUGCGGAUUGGGGUGAUGAUGACAUAGAAGAAGGUGAUUUCGCUGGUGAUAGUGAUGUUUCUGCAGAUGAGGAUGGCUCGAUUGAUGGAAACUUCGAAGAUGAUGAUAAUGACGACGAUGAUGAUGGCUCAAUAUCAUUGGAUGAAGAUGGUGCGCCAGCUGAUAUAAGUGACGAGGAGGAUGGCGAUAGUAUGUCCGAAGACAUGAGUGGUGACGAAGAUGAAGAUGAAGAAGAUGAAGAUGAUAGUGGCUUGGCAUCUGCCAAUGGUAAGAAAGCACGUAAACGUUCACUGGCAUUGGAUGGAAAGAGCUUUGCAAAGAAAUUGAAACAUAGUGAUGAUAUGAGUUCGCUAUUCGCUGCUGCGGAUGAUUUUGCGGAACUUCUCGAAGAAACAGGUAAAACGAAGGGACAGGGUACUUCACAUGCAGUUUUCAAUAAGGACAAAUCAUCGGCAAAACAAAUGAAAUGGGAGGAGAAACGACACUCUAAUUCAAAGUCCUAUACAAAACGUUCGAAAAAAGGUGGCGUAAGCAAAAAAAAUAUUAAAAAGCAUAGAUAAAAAGGUAUACAUAUAAUUG